AUGACGUCAGUGUCGACCUCGAGCGUUGCGCCGACGGCGAGUCCAAGUCAAGCCGCCCUCCCAGCAAAUCUGCCCUCACUUAUUUACCCGCCCGGUGGCCCUGGCACGAAUCCUGGUCCCGGUUUCACGCUUAUUUCGCUGUUGUUCGACGAGGAACUGCCCUGGAAUCUUGUUGCGACGAGCUCCGACUCAGCGACUCAAAUAUUUGCGUGGACACCGCUCAUCCUUGCUGCGGGUCUCAAUGUCAGUGAGAGUCAAGUCCUGACAUAUGCCCUGCAAGUAUAUGUGCCAAGUAGCUACCAGAGCACUCAGGAUGCUGACGAGCUUGGGACGAUCUUCCUUGCGUACAUCCCCACUGGCCAAGUCGACACGCUGGCACAACAGCUCCUCGUCAAGACAUCGGCACUCUACAACGCACUUGGCCCUCCGUAUAACACACUGGCUGCCCACUUCGUCGCAACGUUCCCUGUUGGCUCUACCCCGCCGUCGGACUCUACUAAUCCGCAGAGCAACAACGACACUUCGAGCGGCUCAUCGGGUGCAUCGAACUCGAGCAAGACCCGUGAAGACGCAAUCAUCGGCGUCGUGAGCUCGCUUGGCGCGAUCACUCUCAUCGUGCUUGCGUUCCUCGGUGUGCGCGCUGUGAAGCAACGGCGUGCGCUCGCGCACCGUCGCCUGGCCGAGCCGAGUGGCGAGGCGGAGAACGAGUACGCCGGAGCGCGCCCUGAGGGCCAGGAGUUUGAUCGCGACAGCGUUGGAGGCCAACGUCGGCGCAGCUUCUACUACGCCGAGGACUCGCUCCGUGUGCACGAGGUGAGCGAGCAGGUGAUGCGGGAACGCAGGCCAGUGAACGCAGAGAUGAUUGGCGCGCCGGUGCUGCGUGACAACACGAUGGACUGGUAG